AAAAGAGUGAUAGAGUUAUAUCAAGAGAAUGUAUUUUCAAGGAUAUUUACAAUUUUUGGCCUAAGAUUGGUGUUUGGUUUGGGAACAUGUCUGUGUUUUAGUUGUACACCAUCCUCCUAUCGUUUCUCGCACAACACACGUGGUCCGGGUGAAACCAAGACAGCGUGUAACUCCCCUUCCCCCCUCUUCCUCCUCCUCGUCCUCCACGCUUCUUUGCCUUCACUCCUAUUUUGCAUGCCUUCCUUCUCUGCAGGAUUUGGAAAACGAGAAGAUCACCAUGAAAAUUGAGCACUAAGAAGCCAUGCUCCGCCUCCUCAGAAGAUCCUCGCUAUCUCCAUGGAUCUCAUUAACUCGCCAUCAAUUGAAGCUCCAAGCCCGAAGAAACUCCUCAAAUUCUCCUGUGAACCCUUCCCUCGCAAACCUCCAAACCGGACCAGAACCCCCAAAUCCUCCACCUUCUGUGGUCCUUCACGACCCGAACCAUCUCUCUCCAAUCCCUUCCCCUCCUCCCAAAAAACUCGUCUUCUUCGCUACCUCUGCAACGGUGAUCUCUGCAACCGCCUUGGCUGCCUUUUUCCUCUCUAGCGAAGAUCAAAACCCUAAAAUCCUUUUCCAUAAGGUUUCAGAAGCUGCCUCUUAUUUUUCUGAUCGUCUGUGGAAAACAGGCGCCGCUGCUUCAGUUCUCUGGAAAUCCCUGAGGUCCGUUAUGUCCUCUGCAAAUCAGGGAGUGAGAUUAGGGUUUGAAUUGAGAGUUGCCUCUUUGUUGGCUGAUAUUGCAGCUGCGAAUGAAGGGAGGAGAGCAGCCAUUGUUGGAGCAGGGAAAGGAGCAGUGGUGGAUUGGCUUUUGGAGAGUGCUUCUGGCUCUCAAUCUUCAACUAAGUUAACACAGGCUGAGGCUGCAAGGGCUUUAUCAUAUUUGAUAUCGGAUGGCAACGUUUGCGAGGCUGUUAUGGCGAGGCCACAUGCUAUCCCUUGUCUCCUUCGAUUCAUCUUUUCGUCUCAACUCAAGCAUGCGAAAAUGCAGCAAAUAAAGCAGACUUCUUUUGAUAAUGCUGAUAUUCUGAGAGGAAGGAGCAUGCUUGUAGCUGCCAUUAUGGACAUUGUGACUUCAGACUGUGAUAGUGGAGAAAAAGUAUCCUUUCAUCCACCCCUUUCGAAAACUGCAGAUAUGAGAGAUAUUGGUGCCGCCCUUCAAGUUGUUGAGGAAGGUGGAAUGCGAUUGGAUGAGACACAUGAUGAUGAUGGAGACAAAGGAAUGCGUGGUAUCGGGAUCAAAAUUCUUGGGGGCACAACUGUAGUAGGUGUGUUGAGAACAGCAAACCUUUUGGAACCAGAAUUAUCUGACAUCGACCACUUCAAAAAAUUUCGAGAUUCUUCUCAAACUCCCCAUCUGCGAAAGAACUUCUCUGAUUCACCUGAGGAAGGGGAUUUAUCUUCUCUUUCUGGUAAAGCAUUGUGUCAUCUGGGGUUUUCGACAAGGCGUGUUGAGUAUCCUGGCCUAUGGGAUGAUUUGCAAAGUCGACAUGUUGCUGUCCCAUUUGCUGCAUGGGCCCUUGCCAAUUGGGCUUCGGCCUCAGAUAUUAACCGGUCUCAUAUUCAAGAACUUGACAGAGAUGGCAAUGCAAUUAUGACUGCAUUGAAGGCACCUGAGAGAACUGUGCGAUGGCAUGGUAGUUUGGUCGCUCGAUUACUUUUAGAGGACUCGAAUUUGCCUUUGGUUGAUUCUGUUCCAGAAUGGAGUUCCUGUUUUCUUUCUACAGCUUCUCAGGCUACUAAAUCGCAGGACAUUCCACUGGCUCAGAUGGCUCUCUCUGCAUUUCUAAUUUCCAUUGACAGAAGUAGCAAAGCAAAAGAAGUGGUGAUGGAGAAAGGUCUUAAUUUGAUGAGGGAUAUUGCAAAGCAAACUGCAAAAAAUAAGAAUUUGCGGGAAAAACUGGCAAGGGCCUUGGAGCUGCUAAAUACAGGUGAUAUGCACAUGUCGCUUGAGGAGGGUCAGAAAUGGUCUGGCAUUCUUUUGCCUUGGGUUUUGGGAAAAGAGUUGUCAGAUGGUGCACGGCUUUCAGUGACAAAAAUCCUUUCGUGCAUUCUUGAAGACUAUGGGCCAGCUUCAAUAGUAAUUUCUCAAGCAUGGUUAACCUUGUUGCUAAGUGAGGUUUUAGGUAUGAGCAAGGCAUCAUUCACCAAAGGGAUCCCUUCCCGAAAGGGUGGAGAAGUAAAGGCACAAAUUGAUCAGUCAAAUGCUCAGGCGGGUGCACUGAUUGCCAAUCAGUUAGUUAGUGCUGUAAUUUAUCUAUCUGGAAGACAGUUGAGAGCCCCAAUUGACAAUGUAGAUGGACCCCUUGCAGAUCUUCUCUCGCUGGAGCCAUUUUCUGAGUCUUUGAAAGGUAAGAAUAAAGACAAUCUACCCAAGCUUGAUGCUGCCAAUAUAGCCUUGGCGACACUUAAGGGAAUUAAGGGCUUGACAGAACUUUGUUCUGAGGAUACUAUGUGCCAGAAUAAAUUGGCAGAUUCUGGGGUCUUAUGUUUGCUUAGACGAUUCCUCUUAUGCGAUGACUAUGAGCACUUGGCUGCAAUUGAGGCUUAUGAUGCAUCAAGGGACCUAGAAAAGCAAGACAGGGGUUCAAAUAUGACUGGUGAAAGAUCUGUUUUAGAUGCUAAUGAUCCUUCAAGCAUACGCAUUCCUGCAACUGCACACAUUCGAAGGCAUGCUGCUCGUUUGCUGACUGUACUUUCUCUUCUUCCCAAGGUUCAGAAAUGCAUUUUAAAGGAUGAAGCUUGGUGCAAAUGGCUUGAUGACUGUGCUAAUGGGAAGGUUUCUGGUUGCAACGAUCUAAAAAUUCAAAGCUAUGCUCGGGCAACAUUGUUGAAUAUUUCUUGCUCUAAAAAGAUUGAUGAAAACUCAGGGUCUGAUAGUGGAUGUAAUUCAGGGGUAGAAGACCCAAUGUGUCCUCAGUUCGAUGACAAGAUAUUCUUUAUAAAUCCUGAAAUUCCACCCUCGAACUGCUUUGACAAUGAAAACUCAAGUAGGGAGAGCUCAUCAGCUACAAGCAGAGAGUUUCCAGUACUUGAUAAAGACAAUGACUGUGAAUACAAUAUGUUUGUCGAAAAUUCAAAUAAUGUUUAUUGUGCUGACAAAAAUUCUCAAGCAGCGGCACCUUUAGUUGAUGUUGUUUUUGUUCAUGGAUUACGUGGUGGACCUUUCAAGACAUGGCGUAUAGCUGAUGACAAGUCGUCAACAACUAGCAAAUCUGGCUUGAUAGAGAAUAUUGAUCAGGAAGCAGGGAAACAAGGAACGUGUUGGCCAAGAGAAUGGCUUGCAACUGAUCUCCCUAAUGCCCGUUUAUUUACUAUAAAAUACAAGACAAAUCUAACUCAGUGGUCUGGAGCUAGCCUUCCCCUUCAGGAAGUCAGCUCAGUUUUGCUCAAGAAGUUAGUAUCAGCAGGUAUUGGAGAGCGACCUGUCGUAUUUGUAACUCACAGUAUGGGAGGCUUGGUCGUUAAGCAGUUGCUAUAUCAAGCAAGAAAGGAGAACAUAGUAAAGCUUGUUAAUAACACCUUGGGAGUUGUGUUCUACAGUUGCCCACAUUUUGGCAGCAAGCUGGCAGACAUGCCUUGGCGUAUGGGUCUAGUGCUUCGCCCUGCUCCUUCGAUAACAGAGCUAAGAAGUGGAUCUCCAUGGUUAGUAGAGCUUAAUGACUUCGUACGUCAGCUUCAAAAUAAAGGGUCUCUCCAAGUUCUAAGUUUUAGUGAGACCCAAGUAACUCCGAUAGUUGAAGGUUAUGGAGGAUGGGCAUUGCGAAUGGAAAUUGUGCCAAUUGAAUCAGCAUAUCCUGGAUUUGGUGAACUUGUUGUUUUGGAAGCAACUGAUCACAUCAAUUCGUGCAAACCGGUUAACCGUUCGGAUCCGUCAUACAAAGAGACCUUAGAUUUCCUACAGAAACUGAGGGAUAAAGCAAAGAGUUCGUGAAACAAAUAGUGUGUUGUGUAAUUUAUAAUUUUCUUCACAGCAAUAUGUAGCAUCAUCAAUUAUAUAAAUCUUUGGAUAAUAAAGGUGCCAUUGCACCCUUGAGUUGAG